UACGUGAGUGCAAAUCAAAAAUGUUAGCUCUCAGGAAUAAGAGCAAGCAGUAUAAAUACGACUGCCGGGUAACAGGUCGGCUUAGUCGAAGCUGUAAGGCGGGUCGCUGCAGAUGCUGUAAUAUCAUGUGUGUGUGUGUUUACUAGUAUGAAAAAGCAGAUCAAGCAGAAGAGCCAGCAGUAUAAAUUGAGGAGGGCAUGAGUCGUCAGUUGGACUAGUAAAGCUGUUCAGGGACUUACAUGCCCAUGGAUGUGCGCAUCAAUAUGCCCUGGGGCUAUGUGGUAGGCCGCUGGUAUGGCAAUCGCCAGGUACGUCCAAUACUCGCCCUGCACGGCUGGCUGGACAAUUUGGGCACUUGGAAUGAGCUGCUGCCGCUGCUGCCCAAGCACCUGGGCGUGCUGUGCAUUGAUCUGCCUGGGCAUGGCUUCUCGUCCAAGCUGCCGGAGGGGAUUGCCUAUCAUUUUGUGGACUACCUGUGCGUGAUACUGCGCAUUAUGGAGGAGUAUGGCUGGCAGAAGGUGUCGCUAAUGGCCCAUUCCAUGAGCGCCAUGCUGUGCUUCAUCUUUGCCUCGCUCUACCCGCAUCGCCUCGACAUGCUGAUCAGCAUUGACAUUGUGAGGACGCGUUACCGCAAGCCACCCUCGCAAAUCGAAUACCUGCGCACCAAUAUAGAGCGUUACAUGGUCGAGGAUGAGCGUUUCGCCAAUGCGAAGCGCGAGGAGCCGCCAUCCUAUACGUGGCAAGAACUGGAGCAUGUCCUGCACAAGGGCUCAGAUGGCUCGGUGUCGCUGGAGAACUGCCAUCAUAUAUUGGACCGCAAUGUGGCCAAAUCGACCAAAUACCCAGACAAGUACUAUUUCUCGCGAGACGGACGCUGCAAGUAUUACUUUGAGUUCCACACAAGUCCGCCCUUUGCCGCCGAACUGGCCCGGACCAUACGCAAUGUGCCCUAUUGUGUGAUCAAGGGCUCCGAGUCGAAUUUUAUAGAUGGCGAAAGUCAGGAGGUUAUUGACAUACUGCGCUCCAAUAAUCCACACUUUGAACUGCACGAGGUGCAGGGCACACACCAUGUGCAUCUGAACAAUGCAAAGGGCGUCGCCGAAAUAAUCAACCCAUUUAUAUUGCAUCACAGGCCACCGCAUCUGGAGACCUGGACGGUGGAUGAGCAGGAAGAAUUGCCAGAGGUUGUGCAGAAAUUCGCCUUAGCCGUGGACGAGGCCGAGAAUGUGAAGCGGAGAAAGAGAAAAAGCAACCUAUAGCUGCUGCACUCAUCUCUGAGCAGUUAGUCAGCAGCGAGAGGUGCAACAAAAACAAUUAAAGGUUUUAAAAAGUUAGGUUUAAUAUAAACCAGAAUUUAGAUAGAAUUUUAAAUAAAUCAAAUUGUAGUUAAACAGAAACAGAAAAUCGUAAUUUACGCUAUUUUCUUGAUGCGCAGCAAAAUACCUAUGACUA